AUGGUACGUCGAGCGUUACAACUAAUCACCGAACUGACGCCGAGGACCAAUGGCGAACGUGCUGCUGCCGACGACCCUAUAAGGUUCCUUCCGCGAGCAGCGCAGGCCGUUCGCCACGAAAUCCACUAUUCCGUUUUGUAUCAAAGACAUUUAUUUGUUCAAAACAGGUUACCGAAGCCCUUAUUUAAUCUAAUUUAUUUCACCGUUCUCUCUUGUGGUUCACCAAAUUCUCGUGCUGUUAUGGCCUUUUUUGGGUUUUUCAUUCUUUAAUUCCCCACACUUCAUAUUGGGGCCAUUUUGCUCAUCUUCUGGACGUCCGCUUUACUUACAUCACCAUUCACGGCCGCCCAUAGUGCAAUGAACACUUAGGCGCCUUUAAUGGUUUGCCAAACACUUUACGCUAUGCGUUAAGUAUCCUUAAGGUUUUAGGAUGAAUAUAGGUGAAUUUGCCUAUCCGGUCGGUGGUUAGCCAAAAAUUAGUGAAUGCGGUUAACUCGCGUACUGCCAAAUUCGAGUCAAGUUCAUAUGCCGUCAAGGGAUCAUAAAAUCACCACCUGUGUGCCAUCCACGGUAAAUAUGCCAUCUGUCUGGAAGAUAACAGGUACCUCAUCUAGUGUAUUAUUUGUAAGGCUUCAUACCGCGCUGCGUGAGCCAAGGUGAGCAUAGUUUGAGUUGCGCAUAAAUGGCGUUCGCAUAUGUAUCCUGAUUACAGCACGGGUUCGAGCCACAGGUCUGCUGUUUCGUAUGUAGCAAACGACCAGCUAAUGAGAGCCAGUGAGCCAGAAAUGGCUAUCCUAUUCUCCAUUGUCUUUGCCAUUCAUAUCUGUCGAACAUAAUAAGGGCUAAGUACUUUACAAGAUGAGGAAUAUGUCCUCUUAGUUUUGAAGACAGUGCACGUCUGUGGAGGGUAUUUCUGAGGAAACAAAGCAAACAAACUGUUGACUACAGUGUACGCAUCAGCAUGCUCAAGCCAGAGCACUCCUUCAUGCAUAUUAAGCACAAACCAAAUGGUGGCUUUCCGCAGACUUUUAAUGAACUCGAUAGAACGCUUAAUAGCCAGGCCGUUGUCAACGGAAGUUCAUGUUUGCCUACGAAGUCAGUCGCUCUUCGUCGUCUAAGCGAAGGCGACCGCGCUGUUUUCUCCGUCACUACCAAGGCCUACUCCCACACCCCGUUGCACCUUCUAAAACACUCACUAUGACAAUUCGACCAUCGAUUUCUACGACACCCACCGUAUACUCCACAGCAGGCUGAGGGCAGACACGGCGAUUUGUACGUGAUUUCUGAGGCGGGAAAGGGCGCAAGUGGGUGAUGCGACCGGAGCCGCCCAUAGGCAUGCCGCCGCACCCACCUCGGGUUCCCACAGAGUGGGAGUGCCCUAAAGGCUACAUUAGGAAGGAGCCAUUACAGCCUGACUCAAAUCACCAGUCAUUAUAGAUAAGCAGCCAUUCUCACUAGGAUGUAUGACUGCACUGAGCAGCUUUAGAUGCAAACCAAAACUCGACAGCAGGAACUGCGAAGACUCAUCAAACGAAGCGGCGGUUUCUGUCGGCUCCUGCGUAUCCGCGAAACUACUAGACAGUGUAGGGGUUAUUGCCCGUUAAUCAUACACAAAAUUUAGCGGGAUAUUGCAAAUCGAAGCGGAUCGCGAGAUCAUUGCUGUUGACGAAAGUCGCCACUAAAUUUUCUCGAGUUCCGAAGAGUGAGAAACGGUGUCUCCACUUUGACACCACGGCGUUGGACACAAUGACAGCGGACUCAUUCAUCCAGCCAAAAGCACAUGUCCGUUACGUGUGCAAGUACUAAAGGAGUGACACCUACAUAGAAAGUGAUAGGCAAAUUGUUACUGCACUCGCCAGACAAUUUUAUCGAACUUUGCGCGCAGGCAAUAAAAUGUGUGGUCUUGGUCUUACCUCAAACCAAUUGUCUGCAUGGAAGGCUCAGUAAACAAGCCAUCGAAGAUCGGGCAGCAGUUUUCCUCAUUUGCUACCGUCUGAGGCCCCUGCAUCAAACUGUUUGUACUCCAUCCUCCCGUAACUCGUUUUUUAGAAUAGUUGGUCGCCCAGCUGACUGAAGUCCUAGUCAUGUGAUGUCUAGAUGCGAAUCGCCAUCCCGUCACCCUCGCCUGUCUAGUACGCAGCAUCGUGGAAAAUGUUCCCUGUGGACUUUUGUGGUAUCUUCCGCCAAUCAGAGGGACUUCCUAUUCCACACACUGAAAACUUUGGACAGGAGGCUCAUGAAGAGAAUGCUAAAGCUGUCUUCCUGGAUUUAAUCUAGUUCUUCGACGCAGUUAAUUACCAGCUUUUCAUAAAAGUUCUGGACUGUUGUCGAAUUGAAUACGCGAUUGAAGGAACUUAACUUUGCAAGCCAUAGGUCCUUCCGCGCAUGCUUUUAGCAUGUCGCUCGUCCAAGUUAUCCGUCUACAAUGGUUUCCGUAAAGGAUCCAUGUGUUGGCCGUCAAUUUUCUUCAUUCGCACUCACGCGUUUAUUACUUCGCACAAGAAUUUGAGCCUCGUCGGACUUGAAGACGUUGCCGGGUCUCGUUUAGUUGACCACGACCUCGUUGCUGUUGCGUCCAGGGCUAAAGUUCUGUUUUUUUCAAUAUAACUGCUCUGCUCGCAACUCCACCUGUGAACGAGAAAAUGACGCUGCUAAACUACAGUACGUUCAACCAGUGCUCAGAGCGAACGACCGCCUUCGCGGACCCAACCGUACCGGACCCGAAUCUUAGUGAGCACUCUUGAAUGCCAGGGGCGUCCCGAUAACCGUAGCCGCCUUCUCGAAAUUUUGGUUGACUGGAGACUAAUGGUGGCUACCAGGCGCCAUGUAAUGAGACUGAAAUAUCUGUUGCUACUGCCAGAAACGCCUGGAGUCGUUUGGCAGAUCUGACGCAGUUGCGAGAAAAGCAACUACACCGGAAAAGCGGAGAAAUUUCUCCGGACUCAGUAUGGUGUCGUCGGUAUUUAAGGCAUGCUCCAUGGAAGUCGCCACUCCAGCCCAAAUACUUUUUGCUACCGUCUCUAGCCGAGCGUGCCGUCAUUAUCCGGAAUUGGCGGAAACAGGACCCGGCCCACUGUGAGGCUCUUGAGCUGAUGUUUUUACCGCGACGCCGCGGAAUGAGCCUGGGAAUACUCAUCCGUCCCUCGAACUGACGACUUUAAUUACGACCACUUACUGUCGCGUAUGCUGUGUUUGGUCAUGAUAUUUUUAUGAUAUCGAGGCGUCUUGCAUAUGACGGUCUGGGUGUGGAUGGGAAAUGGGCUUUCAGGCUUGUGCGAGCGUGAACACGGUUUGACUAGUAUGCCUUGCCUAUUUCAUUAUUACUCGUCGAUCUACCACCAUGGACCCAUCUACAGAACCUGGAUCUGACCAGAGGCCUAAAUAGCAGAUUAUCAGAUUUAUUGCUGUGGUGUUGGAAACACAUAUUGCUGACAAGCGGCCGCUUGUGGUCAGUGUAACUCAACACCCUCUUGCUGUCGUUUUGUUGAUAUGAAAGUCUGCAGCGACCAAUAAGAUGGUUGUUUGAGGAGUUGCCUGGUCCAGCCCAACCAUUCCUGAUUCCGUAAACAGUCAACAAGUCGCAGCGAGAGUGCCUUUCAAUCAGUUCUUGCAGCUACGAACGAGUGAUUCCUCUAUCGUGCUGGUCGGCGGCUGUUCCACGCAAGCAAUGUAUAGUUCGUCUGCUGCCGCGCGAAGGUGAAGAGCCGAUCCCUGGAAUCCUGAUUUCCCUAGAACCGUUAUAUUGCAUUCGAACUUGUCUGCCCAUCUCACCUACCACAAAUCGGUUAGCAUAUCGAGACAGCUUUCCGAAAGGCCUCAGGGGCUUGAAUCACACUUGAAACGAAUUUUUACGACUUACGGCGGUCGAAGUGCUUACGUAGUUAUAGUCAGAAUGGCUGCAAGCACACAGGCAAGAUAGUACGAACAAACUAGAAUGAAAGAGUCGGAAAGAGUGAGUACCCUAGGAUUGGGCAUUAUGCGGCUUACAAGUGGCGAAUCGGAACCUAGACGAGAAACAGAACAUUAGUUCAUAAGAUAGAACUUGGUCGGAUCAGCCUCUCUGCCAGCAUAUAGGGGGGUGGAGGUGUGGAUAAAUCGGCUGCGGAGGUUUCUAUGUGAUAACCUGUAGACCGUAUGAAUGAUCGCGUUGUUUUUGCUGUCAAACCACUCUCCAGGUUAUUCAUAUGGACAUCUUCAUUGCUAUGGGCGCUAACAGGUGUUGCAGGUGUCGCUUUCCUGCUAAGCGCCGUUUGACCAUCCCCGGUGGGUGGGGAUGUGCGACGGGGUGCUGAAUAUGAAGAAGAUCUGGCACAAGCAUCUAAUGAAAAUGUCGGCAGUCCGAUCAGGACGAGCAAAUGUAAAUGAAAACGAGAAUAUUCAUCAAUAUUCGUCAGCAGAUAGCCACUGUGGGUCACUGACAGGAGUGGACCUUUGAAGUCGAUUAACAGUUAUUCGAACAGCUGGGUCGCUCUGAUAGGUUGACGUUGUGCUUGAGUGAAGACACAGAGUUUGACCUCAUGGCAGGUUUUACAUCUAUCGAUAACACUACAAAUCCCUUCCAUAAAAUAUGGGUCUUCCUGGUUCAUGCGAAGUACGAUAGUCGAAAGGCAUCAGGAGCACAGAGUUUUUCAUGUGGUUCUUUCAGAUAGGCGCUUGCUGGCAAGAGCCCGCAAAAAUUAUGAAAAAACACAUCGGUCGCUCGGUUAGCUUUACCGGGCCAGAAAACAAUGUCCGAUUUAAAUUGCGACACUUUCAGCCUUCAACAUUCGAUUCUGCCAUUCUUCGCUUUCCCGUUUGUUGAUUAUCGUAGGGAAAAGUAAUUUAGGCGUAUGGACUCCACUACGGCGUACGCCCCUUUCUCGACAGCAAAGUGACAUCGCUGGUUUGGGGAAUGACGGCCGGUCGGCCAUUCUGGUUCACUGGGGUUUCGACAACUAAUGGGGUAUCAUAUUGAACGGCAGCAAUUGCGGCCUCCUUAAGUUUUUCCUUAAAACCUUCAGAUGUCCCACUUACCUCUAAUGGUGAGGUAAGGUUUUAUUGUGAAUAGGCAGAUGAACUUUAUGCAUAAAAUUGAGCAUGCAUCGUGAAUAGUAUGUGGACAAUUUCAUGGCCCGUUGUUGUGACUUGAGGCCAUGCGUAGGAGCCGUUUCACCCAACGACUUUAGGUGGCCCAGAACCGAUUUAAUGUUGCCCUUAGCCAUCUUGCAACCAAGAAGCUGGAUUUGCUUUAGCAGCGAUGACAUUUGGCUUCAGUGAAGGUCAGUCUGUAUCUUUCGGGCACUGAGGAAUUUUCGAAGGCCUAAAUCAUGCUCCGCGAGGUCGUUUCCACAAAUGGCGAUGCUGGCCACUCGGACGAAAAUGUCCUUCAGGUGCCCCCGCGUAAUUAUGUCGCCAAUAGUUCGCUGGAAACAUGCAACAUCGUUGGUCGCGCUGAACAGAGUUUUACGAAACACCCCUAAGCUCCAGAGGUGGUGUGUGGCCUUUGUCUGGUGAUAGGUGCUCUUGGGAUCAAGAGUGCUACACGUGUUGCAGUUUGUAAUAUGUUCAAUCAUUUCAUUUAUCCCGGGUCAUUGUGCCGAGCAUUGUAUAUUUGUCACUCGUCUGGCUGUAAUCAACAAGGAUCCGCUCUUUGGGGUUUUGAUUGGCCACCAACAGAACUUGGGCUCGCCAAAGGGAUGAGGGAGGGGGGAGUGGGCUUAAUUACUUUCUGACUUACCGAGUACGGUUUUUGCCGGAGGACAAAAAGACAACCUGACGAGUCCAACGCCACCAACACCUCCCUAUUCGAAAGCGUAUUCCAGAAUUUCGGCCAACAUUUCAUGAGAUCGGUCACGCACUGUAAGUCAGCGUGACGCCUCCCUCGAUCACUGAGCGAGGAUUAUUUGACGUACUUACCUCACCCUGCUAAGGUCAUAGAAGAGUGCCAACGAGCUCAAUCAAUUCCAGUGCGCGGACUAGUGUGUGCGGUUUGUUGACUGUCCACGCCUCCUGUGAACGGCGUUUUCGAGCCAGUGUACAUCUUUAUUAACGUCCCUUACUAUACUACAAAACCGCAUGAAUGGUGGGCUGUAUUAUCAGCCCUCCAGCGUAAGAUUCGCGCUCUUAGGUCUUAAUUUUUUUUGCUUCUUUCAGCGGCCGUCUCGGUCCAAUCGUGAGCAGGGAAUGGAAUUAAUUGACACCUACUACGAUCCUGCUGAGUACGUGGUAACUGCCAGUGGCAACAAGGUCAGCCGCAAGUCUAUCCUCUGCGGCAGCCAAAACAUUGUCCUCAAUGGAAAAACCAUAAUCAUGUCCGAUUGUAUCAUCCGCGGCGACCUAGCGAACAUCCGCAUCGGCCGUCGAUGCGUCAUCAGCGAGUCUGCUGUAGUCCGGCCAGCCUUCAAAAAAUUCAGCAAGGGUGUGGCCUUCUUCCCCUUGCAUAUUGGCGAUCACGUCUUCAUUGGGGAGGACUCGAUAAUCAACGCAGCUCAGAUCGGCUCCUACGUGCAUAUUGGCAAGAACUGUGUAGUCAGUCGACGCUGUGUCCUCAAAGACGCCUGCGCCCUGCUCGACAACACUGUCCUCGCGGCGGAAACGGUUGUACCGCCGUUCACCGUCUUCGGUGGCAGUCCGGGCCGGGUGGUUGCCGAGCUGCCUGAAUGCACGCCGGAUCUGAUGUGUGAUCUCACGCGCAGUUUUUACACUCACUUCCUGCCUUCGAGUGAACCACCAAGGGGCAGGAAGUGA